AUGGCAACAGUAAAAGUAAAGAUAUUUUACGGCCCAAAUUACGACAGAUGCAAGGUUGUAAAUUUUAUACGAGAGACCUUUACCGCAAUGAUGUUCAAAAAGUUUUCAAGUGAAGUGCGACAAACCAUGGGGUACGAAAAUUCGUCGAGAAUUCAAUACAGAGAUGAUGAGCAAACAUUUGUUACAAUGAAUAGCGACGAAGAUUUUGAAGAUGCCGUUCGAUGUAUUUGUCCUGUUAUGAACUCAGAAAAUAUAUACAGAUUGUGCAUCAGAGUAGAUGAUUCCAUGACACCAAAAACUACAGCGACUAAACAAUCUGUUGCUACGACUUUAGAUAGUCAUAGUACGGUGAGUACCUCGAGUUCUAGUUGUUCAUCCAGUAUGUCUGCGUCACGAAAACGAAAGUUGGAGUUUCCAUUUUCCUCCAAAAGUGAAUCUAAGCCUGCCAAAUCACAUUCUCAAGCUGAAACACCACUGCAGAGAUAUAUUUCGAAUACUAAGCGAAAUAUAGAAGAAAAGAUGCAAGCUAAAGCUAGUCGACGAGGAGGCAGACAUAAUGGCAAGAAUAGACAUAUCAAAACAGCAAAAAGGUAAAGGAUUAGUCUGCCAUAGCUGCCACAUGAGAUUGGGUCAUACUGCCCGAAACUGUACAUAUGACCAAUGUACUUCAAUAUAUAGCAGCAGAGAAGAAAAGUUGCAUCCUGCCGAAAAUUCUAGACAAAAGCAAAUGAGACAGUCAAUAAGUAAACUGGAAAAUGAAAUCAGACAACUUAAUAAAGAAUUAGAAAACAGACAAGCCGCAGUGGAUAAGGUAAACAGCUCGAAAACAAAUAGAAUUGAAAUUGAACUUUUAGAAGCAGACGACGACUAUACUUAUACGCAGAACGGUGUGCGAAAUUGGAGGCUGUUAAGAAAACAUGUGUAUGCAAUAGGUUAUUGUAAAAAAAAUAUGAACGGGAAAAUACCUCCAAAGCAUGAACUAAAGCAUGUUCUUGACCUUGCUUUGAACGACGAAAACCCUGAAUUAGAUUGUAAAAUAUCCCAACACCGAACGCAUAGACAAAAUCCAUGCAAAAAUGUUCUUGAGAACAAUGGCAUAGUUUUUCCUGAGUCGAGCGACAAUUGCAAAGCUUAUGAUAGUAAUGCUAGUAAUUCCACUGUACGCUACAUGCCUUUGAUGAGAGAAGAAGAAGAGGAACAAUUGAAAAUAGCACUCUCAGUGAGCGCCCGUUCUUGUUCAUCUGGUAUUCACGCCGAGAGUUACUUUGACCCACAAGGGAAGCAAAAUUCCUUUUUAAUUUCUCCGCCAACUGCACCCUAUUUCUGCUAUCCACUGCCGUCGAUACCAGCAAACCAUAUAAACAACUUUGAAGCACCAAAUCCCUACUUCUAUAACUACCCUCCUCAACACUGGCAAAUGCAGCCAGCGAUUGCUAUCGAAACGUCUACUAGUACCAUUACUUCAAACGAGGGGGAUACCAGUGCUGAUAAUCAAGAAGAAACUGACGCAGCUAGUGUGUUGAUGGCACUUUCAGGUAACAAUGUGCCAUUCACCGAUUGA